AUGACAUUUAAGAUGGUGUGGUUUCCGCAGGCAAUUCCAAGACACUCAUUUCUGGUGUGGCUCCUUAUUCAUAGAAAACUGAAAACACAAGACAUUAUGAGUAAAUGGAACUCCUCGGGUAAUGCUAAUUUCAGUCUGUUAUGUUGCUCUUUAUGCACGUUGGGGACGGACUCGCAUGGCCAUUUGUUUUUCGAAUGUAAUUAUGCGAAUCAAAUAUGGAUUGGAAUUAGGGAUAAAGCUGGUAUGGGAAUGGUUCAGAAUAAAUGGGAUGAUAUUUUUGAUUACCUGGUGGGUAUCGCGCACUCUAAGAUGGCUGAGCAUGUGAUUGCUAAGCUUGUGGUAAAUGCGACGGCAUACUUUGUUUGGGAAGAAAGAAACAGGCGUCUCUUUACAAACAAACGAAGAAGUAAGGACAAGGACCAGCUGAUUCAGGUAAUCUUGACGACUGUUCAAAUGAAGUUAACGACUAUGAAGUUCAAGAGUACAAUUCAGGUGGCUCAAGUUUUGCAAGAUUGGAGUUUACCUCGUGGUCUCCUUGUAGCGGAUGAUGAUAGCGGCUGA